AUGUAUACGAUACCAAGAAGUAAUGCGUCGACGAAGAUGCAGCAAUGGGCGGCGAAGUACAAUAUGACGGUCCAAUUAAAUGAACAUCUUAAAAACAAAGUCAACGGAGAACAGGAGAGGCAGAAGGCAAUCAGUUCUGUUCUUCUGCAAUUGCCCGAAUUUCUCACGAAAAUAAACAACAUAAAAGAGGAUCAGAAUUUGUCGGAAAUGGAGGUUAGUCAGGAACUGAACAAACUGUUUAAUACGGCGAAUCGAAAUUUGGCCGACGUGGCUUGCUGCAUCUACGGGCAAAUUCUUAAUCCCAACAGUUUUUAUCAGGGCAGUUACUACUACGUCAAUGAUGACGAUUUCGACGAAGACGAUGAGAUGAUGCAUGAAGGCAGUUACCCACGGCACUACGCUGGCUUUGACCUGAGUCCAAAACAUAGAGGACGUAAACGUUAA